CAGUAGGCUAUGACUUGGAAUAGCCUUUGUUAAAUGUAUUUUUGAAAUGUUGUCUGUGAGGAAAAUUAAAUCAGUUGUCUGCCAAAAAAAGAUGACAGUAAAUAUUGCAACAAACAAAAAAAAAAACGGAUGUGAAUUCCUAUGAACGAAUGUAUAAACAACCAAAUAUCUGGCAUUCAAAUUGAACAAAACAUCCAAGCUCGAGCUACAGGUGUUCAAACCCCGUGCGUGUCCGUCUCCUGGCUGGAGGCUGAGAGCCCUAAAUAAAACGCACGCGCCGCGCCGGUCUCCUUUCCUCUCCAGUUAACCACUAACUGCUUGAAGCUGUUCGCUUGUUAUCUGACAGGGCUGGCUGGCUGCAAUGUUCAUGCACCAUGUCUCGCGAGAGAAGCCGAGCUCCGCUUGACGAGAUCUGAGAGACUCAGGUGUAAGAGCCCUUCUCUCAUCCCUCUCGGCAGCCAGUGGGAACAGUAGACGGCAGAUAAGUGCGUCGGCCUGGGAGACUGCAGGCAUCUCUGACUGUGUGAUCUUCGUGCUCAAGGCUGAUCCGGCUGUAUUGCAUCAUUACUGGACCACUGUCUAUGACCAGGCUACUACAUCUUUCCAUUGCGUCAAUUUUAGCCCCUUUACUCUUUAAAGAAAAACAGUCGCAAAGAUGAUGUCAAUGAAUAGCAAGCAGACACACUUCGCCAUGCAUCCGAGCUUACCUGAGCACAAAUACACCACUCUGCAUUCCAGCUCGGAAGCAAUAAGGAGAGCCUGUCUGCAAGCUCCACAGCUGCAGAGUAACAUAUUCGCCAGCCUGGAUGAGACCCUCCUGGCCCGCGCCGAAGCUCUGGCUGCCGUGGACAUCGCCGUGUCCCAGGGCAAGACGCACCCUUUCAAACCGGACGCCACCUACCACACCAUGAACAGCGUGCCAUGCUCUUCCAACACCACGGUGCCACUGGCCCACCACCACCACCAUCACCACCACCACCACCACCCCAACAUGGAACCCCCGGACCUCAUGGACCACAUCAACUCCCCGUCCUUAGCUCUCAUGUCCAGCCACGACGGCUCCGGGGGCGGGGGUGGAGGAGGUGGUGGCGGGCUGAUCUCCACCUCUGCUCACCCCCACCCUCACUCACACAUGCAUGGCUUGAGCCACCUCUCGCACCAGGCCGCUAUGAACAUGAAUUCCCCUCUCACCCACCACGGUCUUUUACCUGGACACCAUGGAGGGGGCCAGGGCGGGCCAGGACUCAAUAACAACGGCCUUUCCUCUAUCAAUGACUCGGACACUGAUCCCAGGGAACUAGAGGCAUUCGCGGAGCGCUUCAAGCAGAGGCGGAUCAAGCUGGGGGUGACCCAGGCGGACGUUGGCAAUGCGCUGGUUAACCUGAAGAUACCCGGCGUGGGAUCGCUAAGCCAAAGCACCAUUUGUCGGUUCGAAUCGUUGACUCUGUCCCAUAACAACAUGAUAGCGCUUAAACCCAUCCUUCAGGCGUGGCUCGAGGAGGCCGAGGGUGCGCAGAGAGAGAAACUCAACAAACCUGACAUUUAUAGCGGAGGGGAAAAGAAACGGAAGAGAACGUCGAUAGCGGCACCAGAAAAGAGAUCUUUGGAGGCUUACUUCGCCGUACAACCUCGCCCGUCGUCCGAGAAGAUAGCAGCUAUCGCUGAAAAGUUGGACCUGAAAAAGAACGUGGUUCGAGUAUGGUUUUGCAACCAAAGACAAAAACAGAAACGGUUAAAAUUCUCCGCUUGCCACUGACUAUAGGCUAUUGAUGCGUUUAAAAAUAAAACAAGAAAAAUGUUGAGACUGAAUUUGGGGACCAAGGUCUUCUUUUGUCGCCGACGGGGUUUACAACGUGGGUGCAAAAAAAAAACAAUGACCAUUAGAUACUACGCACAUUUUAUGAAGCUUCAUAUAUCGGUUUUAGUUUAUUUUCACGUUAUUGGUGAAUGUGAAGUAUGCAAAUAUCCGAAAAUCCUCCAGAGGAAACUCGCGCAGUGGUUCUGAGAGGAAACUAAAUCAACUUUGCCUUUUUUAAAAACAUUGUGAGAGAGAAUAAAGUUAAUUUGCUUUAGUUAUUUGAUUUGAAAUAUUAUAUAGCCAUUUACGAAUUACCUCAUUGUUGAACUCUUUUUUGGUUUGGUUAAUUUAUAAUAAGCUUAUAUACAAUUAUUUAUUGACCUAUUUCUGUAUUUAUUUGUGAUAACAUUUUGAGGAUGUGAACUUCUGCACCAGGCUGUGAACUCUGUUGUAAGCAAACUGAAUUAAAACAAGAAACCUAAUAGUGCAGAAGCCUGAAUGAUUAUGAUCGUCCUUUCGCUUCUGAAUGUGACAGUCAAAGCUAUUCAAUUAUCACAUUUAUUUACAAUUUGCACUAACAUUUAGGCAGGCAUUUGUUUUGUUUAUAUCGGUUAUUAUUAGGUCCAAACGGUUUUGGGUAAUAUAUGUAUAUAUAUAUAUAUAUAU